UUCGUGCGGCUUGUUUUGGGAUCAUGGUGAGUUGGAUCAUGUCAGGCGGGUUCUGCAGGGUUUCCUCUGUGCUGUGCAGGUUCUCCUCAGUGUUCAGUAAGCGCAGGUUUGUUUCUGCGGGCUCGGUUCGGUUCAGUUCCGGCUUUCAGGAGCGGCUCUGCCGGCCUCUGCUGUCCGGCACUGUGGAUCGGUUCGGCGGCGUGACGGUUCGAGACUUUCCGCCGGACAUCAGCGAGGACGAGUUUGAGGAGCUGCUGAGGGUGUCUCUGCAUCAGUGGCGUUCGGAGCGUCGGGUCGCCGUAUGGCUGCACGUCCCCAUCUCUCUCAGCAGACUGUCUGCAGCGGCUGCGCGUCACGGCUUCAGCUUCCAUCACGCCCGCAGAGAUGUGGCCGUUCUCAGCCUGUGGGCCGGACACGGAGAAGACAGACUGCCUGCGUUUGCCACACAUCAAAUAGGAGUCGCUGGUGCUGUUGUGGAUGAAUCCAACGGCAAAGUCCUUGUUGUUCAGGACAGGAAUAAGACUAAGAACGCUUGGAAGUUUCCUGGUGGUUUAUCAGAUCUUGGAGAAAACAUCGGUGAGACGGCCGUUCGGGAGGUUUUCGAAGAAACCGGGAUCCGAUCAGAAUUCCGAUCUCUCCUAAGUAUUCGUCAGCAGCACAACCACCCGGGAGCGUUCGGGAUGUCCGACAUGUACCUGAUCUGCAGACUCAGCCCGCUUUCGUACGAAAUCGACUUCUGCACGCAAGAGUGUCUGCGCUGCGAAUGGCUUGAUCUGAACGAGCUCGCCAAGACCAGCGAGACGACGCCGAUCACGAGCCGCGUCGCCAAACUUCUAGUGUACGGACUGGAAAAGGGUUUCCACAACAUUGACCUCACGAUGGAGCAGCUGCCGGCGGUUUAUUCCGGCAUGUUCUAUCAGCUUUACCACCGGCGGCUGCCAGAGACGCACUCUCUUCAGAAUAAAGAUUCAAAAUAAACACUUUUACAUUCUUAGAAACAAAUGUUCUGUAUGGAACUUUAGGGUUCUUGACGGAAUUUUAAAGAUUACUUUAUGCCAAGAAAGGUUAUGUUUUAAAUGAUUGCAUGAUACUUUCAUGUUUAACAGGUUAUUUACAUUUUUCUAGUGAUGAAUUAUGAUUACAU